CUGUAAUGUUUGCCGCGGAAUGAAAGGUAUGAUCUUUUGGUUUUUGCCAACUUUUCAUUGUGAUUCGGUGUGGGGAGAAAGGAGGAAGUUUAUCGAGUCUAGACAACGCGCGCGCAUCCUUUGAUGGUUUACACUGUUGCGAGGUUGCAAAUUGCAAUCCCCUUUCUGAGUUUUAGAAAACUCUCUUAAACCCUUCAAAAACCCUAAAUUUAGCCCACCAACCGGCGGACAUUUCCGGCCAUGACAAAGCUGUCGAAGCUCAGCGCCUCGAAUCCCAAGCUUUGGGUGGUGAUAGGCGUUGGAGUCGCCGGGAUCGUGAUUCUAGCCGAGGUCCACCGCCGCCGCCGGCUGAGUGCCAGUGACGCGAUUAAGGAAGAUUUUGGGGCCUUCAUCGAGCGUUUCGAGUUGCUUCCUUUUCCUCAACCCCCUCCUCCCGCUGCUCCGCUCCUCCUCGCCGGCCUCACGUUUGCCAUCAAAGACAAUAUUGAUGUGAAGGGGUACGUAACGGGGCUUGGGAGCCCAGAGUGGAAACGGACACAUGAAGCGGCUGCAGAGACGGCGGCGGUAGUCUACGCUCUACUGAAGAGUGGAGCUACUUGCAUUGGCAAGACGAUUAUGGAUGAACUUGGUUUGGGGAUCACUGGAAGAAAUGUGCACUAUGGAACACCAACUAACCCCAAAUUGCCAUUUCAUGUUCCUGGAGGCUCAUCUAGUGGUUCAGCGGUUGCUGUUGCAUCCAAUCUUGUUGACUUUGCUCUUGCUACUGAUACCACUGGGUGCAUUCGAGUUCCAGCAUCAUUUUGUGGUGUCCUUGGAUUUAGGCCAUCUCACGGAAUUGUGUCAACUACUGGCGUUCUGCCAGUUUCCCAAAGUUUAGAUACCAUAGGUUGGUUUGCCCGCGAUCCUUCUGUUUUGUGUAAAAUUGGACGUAUUUUACUUCAGUUAGCCCCCACUGUACCUAAAAGGAUGAGACGCUUCAUUAUAGCUGAUGAUCUUUUCCAACUGUCUAAGGUUCCUAAGCAGAAGAUUGUCCAUGUAGUAAGAAAAGUCACAGAAAAAAUAUCCGGUUGCCAGGCCCCAAAAGAUAUGAAUCUUGGAAAGUACAUUGCUUCAAAUGUCCCCAGCUUGAAAGUUUUUUGUGAAGAAUCUAUAAAUCACCAUCAUGGGAUGUCUACUUUUAGAGCUCUCUCCUCUGUGAUGGUUCUUCUGCUGAGCUAUGAGUUCAGGACAAAUUAUGAAGAAUGGAUGAACGAAGUUAAACUCAGGUUAGAUCCUGAUGUCUCGGGCUGUAUUGCUGCAGCUGCCACCUUAACCCCUGAAAAUAUUAAGCUCCUUUAUAAAGUCAGGACAGAAACCCGAACUGCUUUCAAGAAUCUCUUGAAGGAUGACGGGAUAUUAGUGAUUCCCACAAUUACAGAUCCUCCAUCUAAACUACCUUCAAAGAAAGGUUUAUCCAUGGAAGCUCGUGACAGAGCGUUUGCUAUAUUAAGCAUUGCCAGUAUUUCGGGCUGCUGUCAGGCUGCCAUUCCAUUUGGAGAACAUGAUAAUUAUCCAGUCUCCGUGUCUUUCAUUGCAUCACAUGGAAGUGAUAACUUUUUGCUUCAUACUAUACGAGAUAUGUAUCCAUCGCUUGAAGAAGAAGUAAGAAUGGCUUCAAAUGUAUCCGCUUUACCAGAAACGGUUGUUAGCAUGGAUGCAUCUGAACUGUUGAAAGAAAAGGGAAAUGCUGCAUAUAAGGGAAGGCUGUGGAAUAAGGCUGUAAGCUACUACUCCGAGGCAAUAAAAUUAAAUGAUAUGAAUGCAACUUACUAUAGCAACCGGGCAGCUGCUUACUUGGAAUUGGGAUGCUUCCAACAAGCAGAAGAGGACUGCACCAAAGCUAUUUCUCUCGAUAUAAAGAAUGUGAAGGCAUAUCUGAGACGAGGGACGGCUAGGGAGUCCCUUCUUUUGAAGAAAGAAGCUCUUCAAGAUUUCAGGCAUGCCCAUGUUCUGGAACCACAGAACAAGAUUGCAAAGCUGGCUGAAAAGAGACUGAAGAAGCUGAUUAGUAUUUGAUACUAUAUAGCACCGACACAAGAGAGACUAUGAAAACCGACGAGCACUUCCUGCUCCAUAUGUGAACCUUUUCGGGUAAAAACAGACUCGAAUAACAGGUGGAUAUCGCUGAUGACAGAUUUACCCUCAUGUUUGAGGUUCAGCUGUGUAUAUAAUUGUUGUAAUAUGACGAUGAAUCCAUGAACCCUGUUUUUUUUUGUGUUGAAUCACAAGCCAUGUAGACUGUUGUCUGGUGUGAUGAGGCAAUUAAUGAGAUUUUGGCUUUGGUUUGUUAA